UUGUGGCUUGCUUUUUCACCUUUAUCAUGGUCACUGGUAUUAAGUAGCAGAGUGCUAUCUCCUACAAUGAACAUUUAACGGACAGUUCCAUCCAUAUUCUCUAUUCCGGUACUGGGAAUGCGGAUACAGCUGUCUCGAGGAUCGGCAUAUGGAAGAGAUGUCGUUUAUCCAAGCUUGUGCUAGCCAGCGCCUACCUCUUCAGUAAUUCUAUUGAAUACUGUACCAUUAUGGAAUGAUUUCUUUUCAUGGCGAUACUAGCCUGAGCCUGCAUGUCCUCACGGCCUUAAGGCUCAAGUUCAUUUCCCUUUCCCUCCCACCCCCAGUCUACGAACAAUGUCUCAUCCUCUUAUCUGGCCAGGAAAAUAUUUUUUCUAUGCUAUAGGGAAUACCAGCGCUGUACGCUUGUCGAGGGACCUUCCUCCUGAAGAGCCAGGGAAUCUCUUAUUAUUGGGUUGUGGCGACCCACGAAACGUCUUGUUCACCAUUUUCUGCGAGCCUCCCAGCUUUGGCCGGAAGCUUGACUUCACCUGUUGUGACAUUGAUCCAGCUAUACUGGCUCGCAAUGUGUUGCUAUUUACAAUGGUAGCAGACAAGCAUCCGAACUCCACCAUUUGGAAUAUAUUCUUCCACUUUUGUAUCGACAAGGAUACACACUCCACAUUGAUUGAGCAUUGCAAUAAAUUAAUCGGGCUCUCUGACACGCUGAAGAACUGGAACUCUUCCAUUUAUGGCCCACACAUCAAAAUGUGUACAGAUUAUACCCUGGCAGAAAUCCGGCGCCAUUGGUCGCUCUAUGUAGAAAUGGAGAAUUUACCAAACGCGCGGAUUAAAGUUAUCCGUGACGCCUUCACAAAUCAGUACAAAACCACAAAGAUCGGCACUGCUCUGAGCUCAGCACGCUCCGCAGGUCCUCUUUUAAUCAAGGCGGCAAAUGCUAUGUCCGAUCAGUUCAGGAACUAUUGGAAGACCGGAACUACUUUUACGAACAGCAAAGAACUUGCUGCUGCUACUUUACUCAACCCCACCUUUGUCUAUUCUCUAGCCGGGGAGCGUUUCUCCGUCCACUAUGGAACUGACCCAAUGACACCCUUCCACCUCGCUGCCUUGUUCGGUAAUACGAGAGGAUCGACAUCUGUUGCUGACGUCGUCAAGGCUGCUAAAGCUGAGUUCAACGAUUGGUGCUCUGCUUACUCUGUAUCACUUUCUUCCUCUUCUCGCCCUAUCAUCCGCUUCAUCGUAGGGGACGUCAAUCUUGUAUGCCGUGCGCUUCGAGGUUUUGCUCUCACAGGAACCCUUAAAACGGGCUUACCAGUUGCGCAGUGGAAAACGCAAUUGAUCCACCUUAGUGGAGACGAAUAUCUAUCUGGUGGUGCGCCUGCUUCAUUCAAUGUCAUCGACACCUCGAAUCUAGAUGAUCAUGUCGGACUUCUCAACGUCUUGGUCGCUUCAAUUCCACUUUUGUCCCCUUCUCCGUCUAGCGUACUCUACGCCGAGUCUUUGUUGUUCCAUAGACUGGAUGGGACAAAGGAGUUUGCAGAGCAUUUAUAUGCCGAUUUGACUGCUGUCGGUCUCUUACUUGGCUUGUGUCCAGUUGACUAUCUGUCUGGCUUCACUACACGAUCCAACACUCAUGAAAUGAUUGUGUAUCAGCAGCUCACUAAAGAGAAGCAGAAUGUGCCGCAAUACCAUCAAGUAACGACGUGGAAGGCACCUGUUUCUGGAGAUACCAUUGCGUCCCCAUACAUUACAAAUAUUCAACCUCCUGUCUUUGAUUCACGUCAGCUUGGAACACUUCUCUACGAUAUAUAUCACGAGUUAUUUGAGCAGGAGGACGCUAUGCACUUUUGGAGACUUAACCAAGGUAACCUGUUAAACGCCGUCAGAAGCUCGAACAUCGUUCAUUACAUUCGCGAGAGUUUUGUGCUUUUGCUUCGUCUUGUCAGAGAUAGGCUUGCUGUCUCUGAGGAAACGUGGAUGGAAAUCAUGGAUCGAUUUUUCGAUCUAGAGGAUGCAGACCAGACACUUCGAAUGGAUACACUCAAUUAUCAAGACUUGUGCGGGCUGCUGUACCGUCACGGCGUUUUCACUUUCCCUAUCUAUCGUAUGAAACUGGCUAAACUGGGCAGACUAUCACACUGGGAAACUGUUACUCCCAUUGCAAGAAUUGUUCUUGUCAUUCCCCGUGAAAAUCUAGCAGUCCUCGAACAUUCGACAGAAGAAAUAGGCACACCACCACUACAGGCUGAUGUUACAGGCAGUUGGUGCCAAAACACAUUUACUGCAAUACAUGUGGCAUUUGGGAGGGCAAUCUCGAUGGGCACAAAAGCAAACCCGAGAGUUGUAUUCGAGGAGGAUACCAAGGGUUGGUCUGGAACGUCAUCUCUUGUGGUAUCAUUUACAAUGCCCACGAGGCUCCUUACGGAUAUCGAGCCUCCAGAAAACCUCAAUGUGUGCCUCACAAUUAGGAGUACGCCUGCUACAGUAAUCCUAAUGAGCAAGCUUGGUAUGAAGCUUACCAUUUUCAGCGCGAAACUUAUGGACGAGUCUCUAGUCCAUGUUUUGCCUGAGUAUCCAUUACCCUCCAAAAAGCCCCAGGCUUCACCAUCACCCCCUGCUCCUGCUAUAAAAGGCCUUCUCUCUCAAAUAGGAGAACUAAGUGCCGCAGUCGUCGAGCUGGAUGAACAGUGCGAGCUAGUUGCUUCUUUGACCUGUAGAGUCUCCGUCAGCGAUAUAGAAUCAAAGCGACUAUUCCAGUCCGGGGCUGCUCCUCAGGUAGCACAGGUAUCUCCUUGUGUAAUGAGAAUAACUCUUGGCAGUCGCGAGCAGGACGUUAUUUUUCCUUUCCCUGUAUCGGGAAGUGCCAAUAAGCUUCGCCUUGCUAGAAAGUCUUUAUAUAUUGAGGUUGUGGUCCCUGCUUCCCGGACACUGAAACCUGACGGUAUGAAGAUCAAUCCGUUCCCCGUGAUUGAUGCAGGAGGCAUCUUCAAUUCUUGGAGUAUCCAUCGCAUCAAUUUGCCUCGCUUGCCAGUCCUUGAUAUAAAAGGACCAAAGAUCGGCCAGUGGCUCAACCCUCACGUUGGUUCCAUGCUGUCGUCCCGUGAACGGUCAAAUAGGAAAAAGCACAGGAGUGAUGCUCUUAUGUUCGUGAAGGAUACUCUGCAUACCAUCUUUGUUCGAUAUGCAGGUAUCCAGGGUGGACCCCCACGGCGACUUUUUGCCCUGCGAGAUGAGGCGACGAAUAACUGCGACACUAUAUUUUUUAUCAGUGAAUUGAGAUAUGACCUAGCAUCUCAUACAGUUAUCUGCGAUGGAUACGUUCUCCCGCUUACUCACGAGCUCUUGAUCAAAAUUGAGAAGCCCUUUGCGAAACUUGUUUUCGAGGGAAAUAUGGGAAAUGUUCGUGUCUUCGAGGGGGAGAUGCAAACCUGGAAGCAACUCAUACCUGCUUUUGUUGAGAGGUGCAGAUCGUGGUCGCACGGGGAGAACUGUGAGUACAAGGCUCAGGGCAAAAUCCCGCUUACGGAGGAUAUGGAGAAGAACCCUCUAUGCAGUUGUGGAAGGGGAAAGGAUGUCGAGGGCAUGAAUAAGGUGAACAUGUGGAAACCGCUAGCUCCAUAUGUGACCAGGAUCGCGUUGUCCCCGCUGUUCGCGGUUUCUUACCUGGAGACGGUGGGCCGUGAUCCAGCCGCGUAUAGAUGCUUCGUGUGCAGAGGAAAAGGCAAACCCAAGUUGAAAAUGUGCACGGUGUGCAAGAAGGUGCGGUAUUGUUCUUCAGGAUGUCAGAAGAAAGACUGGAAGAUCCACAAACUCCGCUGUAAAGCCUGAUAACGUUUUGGAAUUCCCUUUCUGUGACCCCUGAAUGUC